CAUGUCCGCUUGUACGUCAUUUUUGUUUGUUUAUGUUAGAAAAUGAUUUUAAAAGUAACUAUUUACAUGAAAUAUAAAUAAAAAUGUACGAAAUAAUAUACACCCAUAUGCCAUCCACGUAAAACGAAAAGGUUUUGAUUGUGUUAUUUACUUACUAUGAAAAAGAACUGCAAAAAUGGACAUCCAUUGGAAUAUAACUUUGUUAGUUGUUUAUUUGCAAUUAUUGAGGAAUGUUUGCACCAAUUCGGAUAUUAAGUUAAUCGCUGAAAACCUCAGUCAAGACAUAAAUCUUAUUAAGAACGAAGAACUUGGUAUUCCUUUUAUAAAUAAAUUUUACAGUAAUUUUAAAUUUGCAUUGACCAGCAUUGAGGCUCACAAUGAUGUCGAAAAAAUGGCUCAAAAAUUAAAUGACAAAGUUGAGGAUAUAUUCUCAUCUCUGCAAAAUGCACAGUUAUUUCUUGAAGGGGGCCGAUCGACUGUGAAUACCAGUAUCCCGUCUAUUUUUAUACCAUGUUUACCGGAUUCUUAUGAUGCCGAUGAACAAGGUUUGUUUUCGGGGAGCAUUUUUUCAGAAAAUAACACACUUUUCAACCACUUGGAAGUGGGAUCAAUAUUACACAGGGUAAAAAAUAACAUGGGCACCAUUAAGAAUGCAGUUAAACAACAGUUUAUUAUAACAGACAAUGAACAUACUAAAAGCAAAUAUUCUCCAUUUUCUGGUUGUAAUAAUCAUGAUGAUUCUAUUGUUUGGAAUAAUUAUAUGAGUAGAAAUAAGUAUGAACAAAGAAAUGUUAUUUUAAUAUUAGACCAUGGCGGAUCUUUGAACAAGAAACAAAUAAACAUAGUGAAGUCCAUGGCCAAACAAAUAGUGAUUUCCUUACAUGAGACUGAUAGAAUAGCAAUGUUCGGUAUAUCGGAAAACAUAAGCGUCCCAGACAACACAAACGAUUGUCCCACUUACAACUCAAUUUCGAAACCUGCAAACGUGACAUCAAACCUAAAAUACAGCGACUCGACAUACAAGCAUUUGUUGAACAAAUUCAUCGACUCGUUGGUGCGAGGUAGCGGCGCUACAAAUCACACCAUGGGUAUGGAGACGGCUCUAAAAAUAAUACAAAACGAGUCUGGCAAAUUGAAGAACAAAACCGUCAUGGUGCUUUAUAUAAGCAGGGGGUUGCUGUCCUCCUUGAUGGAGCCGAAAAUAGUUUUGGAGGUGAUAGCGAGGUAUUCGGAGAAUAUUACUACCUCCAUGAUAAUCCACACGUGCGCUGUUAUAGACGAAUCAAAAUCGAUUUUGUACGAGACGGAUUUUUUGAGAGAUAUAGCCGAACAAAAUUACGAGAAAUAUAAUCAUUCCUAUAAAACUUUGAGGAGGGUUAAGCCUGGUUUUAUGCUGGCUAUAAACUCUACUGAUAGCGUGGGAUUUGCCCUAAGUGUGUUUUACAAUAUUUUUAACAAAAGGAGGGACUUUAAUACUGAGAAGAAAAUAUCUUUGCCCGACUGGGAUAGUACUAGCAGAGAUUUGACUGUGUCUUUUUCGACUGGUUUUUACAAACACAGGCAAUUUUCGAUGAUAGCAGCGGAUGUGUAUUUUUCCAACAUAGCGGAAGACGUUACUUAUUACAGUAGCAAUCAAAAAAAUUCGUACGCCUUUCUUGUGGAUACCACAGGGCUUGUUUUAAUGCACCCGUCAUAUCCGCGACCUUCGACUGUACACCACAAACUUACCUUUGUUGAUAUAAGCAAACUUGAAAAAGUUAAGGACGUGCAAGUUUUUAAGUAUAAACUUUUAAGUGAAGUGAAGGGUUUGCACGAAACUACAGACACGAAUGGCACCAGUGUGGUUAAAUAUUAUUGGAGAAGAAUCGGAGAUUGGUAUAUUAUUUGCAUAGCUGUUAACAACCAAUACAACUUAAGACCGUUUAAGUCGAUGUUAUUUCCAAGUGCUUCCAAUGCUAAAUUAUUUUAUCAAAACUUGGACAGGGUGGAUGACUAUAAACUUUGCAAGCAUCUGAAUCAAUUAGCUACAAAAGAUGCAUCGUCUUUAUACUUGAGCUUGUCGUGCUUCAAGUCUCCGUUCUACGCGCUAAAAACCAGCCAGGAAAAAUUGAUAUCUCAAGGUUACCUGGCUUACCUGAAGGACGACACGAGACUGCUGGUGAACCCCGGCUUGAAAGACGAGGUGCGCGACGAGGUGGUCGCGCUAGCGCACAUCAUCGAGUUCAUGCGCAAGCAGCACUUGACCUCGAUGCUGUCCAAGUACGUGGUGCGCAGAUACGCGACGUCGUACAGCGGAGUGCUGCAGAUGUUCCCCGGCAGCAUUUUAGGGCCGGGUUUGGAGCCGACGAAGCGCCCGUGGUUUUUGCGCGCGAUCCAGCACCAGGACCGGGUGGUCUUUAUUCCGCCUUACUUGGACGGCGGCGGCGCAGGUUACAUAGUCACGAUGGCGUACGCUACCGCGCAGACCGUCGCGGCGCUUGAUGUUACGUACGGUUACGUGUACAAGAUGAUUUUGGAGUACAUGCCGUUUUGUUUGGAGGAAAAGGUGACGUGUUUUUUGAUGGACGAUCAGGGUUAUUUGAUUUAUCAUCCGAAUUUGAUGCAGCUGAACGAGGCGAAGCCGAUCGAACAAAAACACAUCGUUCAUAAGGAGUCGCUGGUGGCGAACGAUAUUUUGAAUCACAAGCAUUUUAUACGGAAGCUGUUGUGCAAUAAUUAUGGGAACAGUACCAUACAGAGGUACUAUAGACUGAAUACGAGCUUUAGCGAUGUCUUGGCGAAUUUUGUGCCGGGAGAGCAUUGCGUUACCUACCGAAUUACUACAGUGCCAAAUACGAAUAUAUUUGUGGGUAUCGUGAACGCCACUUGCGAUGUAGUUGCCACUUUUUGUCCUUGUAGCGUGGUCGACAGGUUAUGCUUGAAUUGUAAUAGGAUGGAGCAAAAGGAAUGCGAGUGUCCUUGCGAGUGCCCCUUGAACACGAACGCACAAACGUGCAAUGCGAAUAUAACCGACAAUAAUCCAUGUAUGUGGUACACGGAGGAUGUGUCUCAAGAGCCGCCUUUCAUAGAGGAAACCGACCGGAAUUUGGACAGCUGUUUCCCCGUCAACUGUCAAGCGGAAGAAACCUACCUGGAUUGUCUGGGUUUGACCGGAUGCGAGUGGUGCAAAUUCGACACCGAUGGCAAUUACCUGCGUAAACCGUUUUGUUCUUCCUUAUCGACAUGUUUUAACGGCGUUUUCGGUUCGGCCACGCCCUACAAAGACAACACGAUUAUACUGCCCGAUAACGCGAACUCCGACUUGAACCCCAUCGGCCCCAUACUGGGCUCGAUCAUAGCCAUGUGCAUUCUCUUCGUACUUUUGUUCGUGUGCUACCGUUCGUACACGACGCCGUCCACCGAGCGCUUGUACUUAUCGUCGACGCAAGACAAUCAGCUGCGCAUGAGCGAUCUCAACGUGAACGACAACUACCACGAUCUGGGCAACCACCGCGACAAGUUGCUGCAGGAAGACCGGCCCGAUCCGGUUUCGCCUUACUGCGUGGCCAGCACGUACAGGCGCGCCGCCACCGCGGCGGACUCCGAUCACGGUUACUCGACCAUGACGCCGCACGACGAGAGCGAGCACUUGUCGCUGGCGCCGGUGGAGGGCGACUCUCAGGAAGACGACUUCGGCUCCGACAACGCCUCGGUGCGCACCAGCGUCAGCGUGCCCGGUAAACAUCACGCGUCUCCGCCGUGUUUCACCAGAAUCCCCAACAAAAAUUCCAUUAUAGUUCCGGUCACUGUUCACAGAAACAUGGAGGCGUCGUGACAAAAGUUCACGUAAUCCUAAAGACUGCCGCUAUUUUCAUUAAUUAGGAGGUUGAUUUAUUAAUACCAGUGUAGCUACUUAUUUUUUUAAGUUUGAGCUUUAAACGCACUAAUUCGUUUAUCGUGCAAUUAUUUAACUGUUUUUAAAUCUAUGUAUAUACUGCCUUAUACAGUGUAAUGUUACUUAAUUAUGCCAUAUAUUAACUACUUUUAAUACAGUAUUAUUUUUUACAAUAUUUAUUGAUGUGUAAACAUUAAGGUGAUUCGUUUUAAAGGAGGUAAGGUAGAAAUUUUGGGCCGCCAAUAUGCUUGCACAGUGGGCAAUAAUCCACAUUCAUUAAAACUUUACAUUCGUGUUAUCAUUGAUUACUUUGUUGAUAAUUGUUUUUAAAAGUAAAAAAAAAAAUGAUAUAUACGAAGGUCAGUGACAUCCAGUAGCUCCCUGGUUUUGUCAAAAAUUUCAUAUUUUUUUUAUUAAUGCAAAAAUGGAAAAACUUUCUUGUUUUGGCAUGUACUAUCAUCUCCUCAAAAGAUGACAAUUUAUUAGGUGACACCCUGUAUAUUUAGACCUGUAUUUUACAAUUUACGGCAAAACGGUUAAAGUUACAGGUAAAAAGUUAAAGCGGGUUUAUACAACAAUUCAUAAUUUAGUGGGCAAUUUAUUUCAUAAUUGUUAAUUUAAUGCAUAAUUUAAUAUAUAUUUUAUUUUUUCAAAUGACAAUAUUGAUAAUUAAAAGUGACAAAUAACACAAAAUCUCUCAUUAAAACUCAUGUUUUGUAGGAACUUUGUGGUAUUUUUAAGGCACAAACACAAAACACAAUAAUUAUUAAUUAUAACCUUAAAAAUGGAGAGAAAAAUUGUUGGCACAUGCGCUGUUUCAUAAUUCAUAAUUUAUUUCAUAAAAGUUAAAUUUUAUGAACUUUUAAGGUUAUUCAAUAAACACUAAAUUGUGAGUUAUGGAUUAAAUCGUUGUAUAAACUGUUUCAUAGCAGAUAUUGCGAUUUUAUGCUUAUGCACUAAAUUGUGAAUUAUGAAAUAAAUUAAUGAUAUGAAGUUGUAUAAACCCGCCAUAAUAAACAUUAAAUUGUGAGUUAGGGAUUAAAUCGUUGUAUAAAGUGUUUCAUAGCAGAUAGUACGAUUUAACUUUUAUGCUUAUACACUAAAUUGUGAAUUAUGAAAUAAAUUAAUGAUAUGAAGUUGUAUCAACCCGCCAUUAGGAAGAUUUUAUAGGAUUUCCUAUAAAAAAGUCCUUUGCAAUAAUGUAAUAAAAUGUAUAGUUUAAAAGAUAUAGAAGAGCAUUUAUUUAUUAAUUAAUUUUCUACAAAAAUAGUUUUAUGUAUUAAUGAAAUAAAAUGUUUAGUUUGGAACUAAUUAUUUUUAUCGAAAUUUUACCCUUAAUUUAUCAAAUGCCCUGUAUCUUUUUUUAAACUAUGCAUUUUAUUGUAUUAAUGCAUGGAAUCUUUUUUGUAAGAAAUUAAAUUUUCCAUAAAAAUCUUGUUUACCUUUUACCUGUAACUUUAACCGUUUUGCCGUAAAAAGUACUUCUGUUUUUUUUAUUAAAAAUAUAGGUGUAAAUAGUAGUACCGUAAAAAACCGCCAAGCUAUAGGAAAUUGAAAAAAAAUCCUUAAUUUUCCAUGUUAAUUAAAUGGAAAAACUUUAAAAUCAAAAUAAAAGUAAGAUUAAAGGCAUUUUUUAUCGAUAUUUUGCUUUAAAAUAAAUCACCCUAGUAUACAUCUAUUUUUUUACUAAACGCAUGAUUACUAUUUAUAUUAACGUCGUACACUUGCCAUUUAAUUGUAAUUGUUUAGUAAACAUAUAAAGUUGUUAUUAGUCCUAUUUAUUUGUAUUUGUGAAAUUAUGUUAGGAAGUAUAAAAUGUACUUAAAAUUUUAAGGAAUUGAAAUUAGGUUUUCCAUAAUGUGGCAUUUAGAAUUUUUGUACCUGUACAUUUUUAAAGUAUGACUCAAACUGUUUACAAAUAAAUAAUGAUUUUGUAUUUUUUUAUCAUUUAUUUAAAAACCUUUUUUAAAAAUAUUUUCAAUGUUUUACAAUAAUAAAUUAAUAAUUUUAAAAUAUGAAAGCAAUACUUUUAUUAUUUACAAAAGUUGAUAAUAAAGGCAUAAUGAGAUGUAUAAUUUAAAUACAUAUAUACACAGUGAAUUAAUGUACAAAAUGGGAAAAAAACUAUUUAUUCUUACUCUUAGUAACUUGAUCUACAAGCUUUUGGUGGCUUAAAACUUCCUGAGUGAGGGCUUCAGAUAAUUUGUCUGGGGUAGGUUCAAAUUUCAAGAAGUCGGCUAUCAAAUAUUUCGGAUUUUUGCCGCCCCCAUGGGCCAAACACUCCCUUCGAUAAAUCUCGCCUUUGGACCUAUCAAAAGGAUCCUUUUCGAAGUAGGUCUGCCAAAUCCAGUAGGCCAAAGCCCUUGACACCAAGUAGGAAUAAUAUUUGGCCCCGUACCCCACCAAAUGACUGAACCUCAGCUGCCAAGUCGUGUUGAGCACGUAUGGUAAACUGUAGUACCUUUGCUGGGUCUUGGCCAAAACAUCAGUGGUGCUACCCUUCAUCGGAUGCUCACCGUGAUAAACUUGGUCCAGAGCGGCGUAGAAAAUCUGCAACUGCGUCUCGCUGGCGGUGUACAAGUGCUUCGACGCGCACAACCUCUGCAACAUUUCGUCAGGCAUCGGCUCUUGCGUUUGGAAAUGCCUGGCGAACUUUUUGAGCACGCGCAUGUCGGAAGCGAAGUACUCCAUGAGCACCGACGGCACUUCGGCGAAGUCCGUGCUGCACCGCGUGCCCGUAACGUGCUGGUACUCGGUCCUGGCCAGCAUCGAGUGCAUCGCGUGCCCCAUCUCGUGGAAAAGAUUGUCGACCAUGUUGGGGGUGAGCAGCGAAGGGCUGGACCACCGCGGCACCGGCAAAUUCAGCAUUAGAACGACUAUAGGCAGUUGAUAGGUUUGGUCCGGCAGACUUCGUCCACCUCUAAUCGUAAAGUGACAGUCUUGCUUUGGUUUUCCAGUUCUCUCGUAAAAAUCGCAGUAGAUAUACCCCAGUAAACCUUCAGUUUCGUGUAUCACAGAUAGCUUAUACACAUCCGGAUACCAGCAUUCGCCAGGUGCUGUUUCCGUGUUGACCAACUCAAUCCCAAAUAGAUUCUUGAAGAGCAUACUCAAACCCUCCAUACAUCCACCGAGCGAAAAGUACGGACUAAAUUCUUUAUCGGUAACUCUGAACAAAUCUCUUUUGGCUUUCUGCGUGUAAUAGGGAACAUCCCAAGCUUGUAUUUGCGAUGCGCCAGGAUUUUCCUUCUUUUUCAUCGCAUCCAUAGCUUGGAAAUCCUUGAUGGCCUCAUUCCAGAGAUCCUUGGUCAAAUUAUCCAAAAAAGUCGUCACAUGUUGAGGCUCAUCCAACGUGCUCCCCCUUAAAGCCCUUUGCGAAUAAGUACUAAAACCCGCUAUCUUAGCCAGCUCAUCUCUAGCCUGGAGAAGGUGUUUUAAAAUAAUCUCCUGGUCAGGAUCCGGAUGAAGAAAUAUCCUAUAAGCCACUUCUCUUGCCACGGGAUUCACAGAGUCGGUAUACAACCCUGAGACGUACACAUCAUCUCCAUCAGAAGUAA